AUGGCUCCCAAACGGAGAUACAACCCAUACCCGCCAGCCCCCAAGCGAGCAAAAAUAUCCAAGCAAACCCACCGCCACCCCACCACCAACACCAACAAACAAGCUCGCCUACUCAACACCCCACACUCACGAUUCAUAACACCAAUCCUCCUGAACAAAUUGCACCCACGAUUUGUAAAACGGCUGGCUAGGGGCGAGACCGAUCUGUGGUUCGUCGACAUGCUGCAAGAAGCUGUCGAGAACGGCGUUGUCUCACGUGAGGAUAGCUCGUAUGCCUUGGCUAGUCCUUACCUUGUCGAACAUCAUCCGAAGACGUAUUUCUAUACCUGCGCGGAAUAUAUGGAGAGCGUGGGGAGUGCGUGUGAGAAGCCGCCAUGGCAGCAACACGGGGCGCAGGGAAGUGUCAAUGGCGGUAUUGUUGUGGCAGAUGAGGGCGGGGAGAAGGAUGGGGGGUUUGGGGCGUUUUGUAGCAGGUCCGCUGCCGCUGCCGCUGCCGCUGCCGCUGCCGCUGUUGCUGCUGCUGCUGCCAAUUACGACUAUGAUUUGGAUCAGAACGACGAUGGUGAUGAUGACGGGGAGGACGGUACCACUGGACGGAGUAGGUGAUGCUAAUUGGCUCCUUUCGAACAAUACGAUAGCAAAGACCUUACUCUAUCGUCGAAGACGAAGUAAGAAGAAGACUAUGCUUUACACCAAGUGGCGGGAAAAAUGUUGAUCUUUCAAGUCAUCAGAUACACAAGACAUAUAU